AUGGUCUCGCGCACAAUAAACCUCGCCCUUCGAGGGCUACAGUUCCUCUUCAUCCUGCUGGUGAUGUCGCUGGUGGGCAACAUCAUCGCCAUGGCCUUCGCCGGCAACCCGUCGGUGAUCAACUACGACAUGUUCUGUGCGGCUUUCGGCAUGCUGUCUCUGUUCUACCUGAUCGCGAUCGCCUUCAAUGACGGCUUCACGGGCCACCCGAUCCUCCCCGUCGUCCUGGACACGCUCAAUGUCAUUUUCCUGUUCUGCGCCGCCGUCGCCACGGCAGCCGAGCUGGGCGCACAUUCUUGCAGCAAUAGCUCGUACACCCUUCAUAACAAGAUCACCAACGGCGCCCACGACCGAGAGGGCCGGUGUCGCGAAGCCCAGGCCGCAACGGCGUUCCUGUGGUUCGCUUGGGCCGCCUGGAUGGCCAGUCUAUUCUUCUCGCUGAUGGAAGCCCGCAGCGGUGGUGUCAACCUGAGAACCACGGGCAGAAGAGGUGCGCCCGCUAUGUCUCAGGUGUAA